UCACAGAUGAUAUCCCUGGACCACAGCUGGAUCGUAUUGCUCUCUGUGUUUGUUGUUGUUUUUUCAAGUCUUAUUCUCUUUUACCGUCGACAACUUGACUUCCAAAGAGACAAAAGGUCCGAAUUUGACGGGAAAAGUGUUCUUGUGGUCACUGCUCACCCAGAUGAUGAAUGCAUGUUCUUUUCGCCCACCAUUAUAAAUCUCCAGCGAUUAAGCAAGGUUCAUCUAUUGUGCCUUUCGACUGGUAUGUGUGUCAAGGCUGACCUUUAUAUUAUGACAUAGCCAAGUAAUAUUGUAGAUAAGUGCAAAAACAAAUGUAUGCCUUUCCUCCUUAGUUUAUAACUCUACCCACCCUCCUCCCCCUGGGGAAAAAUUUACUUUCCAAGGGUGGGUGGGUACUCUUGUUAUAACACAUAGAUUACCACCCCUCCCCAUAGGAGACUUAUUAUUAAUUCUACUUUAAGCUAAAUACUGUGUGUACUUGAACUCUUUGUGUCCAUUGUGUAUGUACACGAUAGGUAACUUUUACAAACAAGGAAGUAUUCGGAAAGAGGAGUUAUUGUCAAGCUGUAGCAUUUUAGGGAUUCCACCGAAGCAUGUCACCGUUAUUAAUCAUGGGUAAGUCUUUAAAGAUGUUUGUGUGAACUUAAUUUAAUUUACAAGCAAGAGAUAGCAAGUUCUGUGACAAGCAGUGAAGCUAAGUGGCCCAUAAUUUUUACCAGCAGUUAGUUGAAAAUCAUUCCAAACUGAGUUUUAAUAAACUGUGAAUCUCUUUUUAUACUUAAAUUUUUAUUACUCUUUUAGUGACCUUCCUGAUGAUCCUAAAGCAGAUUGGGACACUCAGAUUGGAGGACAAAUAAUCACUGAAUAUAUCAAACACAACCAGAUUCAAGUGGUAAGACAUUCUGUUUACUCAAAUGUUAAAACUCUUUCACCCCUGAGAUCUGAAUCAUUAUCCUCCCUUCCAGCUGCAAUGCAUUCCCUUGUUAAAAAAGUCUAGAGAAUUUGGUGUUGCAUCUGGAAAAAUGCCUCCAGCUGAUAAGUUUGUCAAAUUCUUAUCAACUGUUACUGGAUAGUAUAUUGAAAUUGUAACAAGAACUUAUUUGCUGAUCACUUUUAAGAGAUAAUUGUUAAGAAAAUGUACUAAUAGGUACAUGAUGAGAAAAUCAUCAUUCGUCCUAUGUACAGGUUCAACCACUUUCUUGGAAUUGAGCCAUUAAAAAAUAAUAAUAAUACAAAAGAUAUUUGCUUCCAUUUUCUUGGUUGUUGUGUUAAUUAUGUUUGUAUUUUUGUAUUACACUGCAGGUCAUAACCUUUGACUCUUAUGGAGUAUCUGGCCAUACAAACCAUAUUGCUAUCUUCAAAGCAAUAAAAAUACUUCAAACUGAAGAACUCCUUGGAGAAGUUAAUUGUUAUGUGCUCACAAGUGUUGGGAUUUUGAGAAAGUACAUCUCACUCUUUGAUCUUCCACUAAGUGUUUUUUCACAGUAAGUAACCAAGAAGAGAAACUAUAUAUACUUUUGAAGUUCUGGGUUAUGGCCACAUUACCUCCUUUUCCGCAGUAUGGUGCAAUUUACCGAUUUCAGAGAAAAGAUUUUUAGCCUUUAACCCCUUACACCCCAACAUCAAUGUGUAAAUUCUCCUUACUGUUCCAUGGUGAUGACAAAGAGAAUUUGUUCAACAUUGAGUUUCUUCAGUUGUUUAUCAUUCCCUUUUUUCCUGUAACUCUUCUGUUUGUUUUAGGGGUGAUAUUGUAAGGAGAAAUUAGACACUAGUCACUCUUAGGGAUUAAAAGGUUCAAGAAGGAUGUAGGAUGCUGGAAAACUAAAUUUUUUGGUUCAUUUGAUUCCUUCUCCUUCAGGCAGAUGUUUCUCCUUAGUCCUCAGGAUAUGAUUUUAGCCCAGGUUAGAUCUUUUAAAGGAUUUUAAAUUAAACUAAAUUUCUCACUCAUGUUUUGUAUAACUUGUUGUUUAUUUUGGAAUAAAUGUUUCUGUCAACAGAAGGCCAUGUAUGCUCACAAAAGUCAGUUGCUGUGGUUCCGGAGGCUGUACAUCGUAUUUUCCAGAUUUAUGCUGAUAAAUACACUUGAAGAACUGAAAUAAGAUAGCUCCAAAGAGAUGAUUCAGCAGUGCUACCAAGACACU